ACAGGAAAAAAUUGGGUCUUCCUUUCAGAAUGGAAGAAAAUGAGAAGAAUACGAAAGGGAAGGAAAGGGAAGAAUUCGAAGCUGAAAAAGAAAGUCAUAUAUUUGCGAAUAAAUAUUUACAGGAUGCCAAGGCACAUGAGGAGAAGGAACUCCUAAACAAGAAGCAUCGUUUGAAACAAUUAUUCGAAGAAGCAAUCGCGGAAAAGAGACGAUUUGAGGUUAAACAGAAGUACGAGGAGGAGUUCGAAGAUCGGGCUAUCGAAGUAUACGAAAGCGCCAAAGAGAGGAUAAAAAAGAUGCACAAGAAAGUGAUGUCGCAGCGAAAGGAGGACAUUGAGAACAGAGCGCGGCUCAUAAGUGAGAGACAUCGCGAGUUGAUGCAGUCGUCGAAAGCGAUAGAGGAUGAAAUACUCGAGAAGGCUCUAGCGGAGAAAGAAGCUCGUCGCAAAGAACAAGAAGAAGCUCGAAGGGAACGCGAGAUCAAGAUGAGGAAGGAGCUGCGAGACUUCCGUACAGAAACCGUGGAGAAAAAAUCGAGAGAAGUUGAAGAAGAGAAGGAUUGGAAGCUGUGGGAAAUGGCGUUGAGAUUCAAGAAGGCGGAGUCUGAUAAGCUAAUGGAUAUCGAAGACAGAAAGCGAGAGUGGAACGACAAGAUGGAAUACAAAGAUUCCCUCAGAAGGUCCAUUAUGGAAAGAGAGGCCCAGCUGAACGAGGAAAAAUAUUUCGAAGCGAAAGAAGCUGCAUACAUGAAAGAAAUUAUCGAGAAAGAAAACAAAAGAGUUCUCGAUUACGCGGAGGAAGUUAUCAAUGAAUCCACUGGAGUGAGACCGCUGUAUCCCAUUCUUAAAGCACUGAAGGAAUGCAAGAAGGAGAUGAAUCUCUUACCACUUCGGAAGAAGGAAGAAAUAAUAGACACCAAGCCUUCGACGAGACGAAGACGUCCUCGUGUUUGCACAAAGAUUGUUCCAGAAGAGCAAAUCUGUUAUUUAAAGUAGAACAAACUAACAGAACACAAAAAUAACAUUUUAUCUGUACAUCUUGUACUUUUAUAUUUAACUUUAUUCUCAUUUGAUAUUUGUAAUAUUAACUCUUGUAAUUUAAAUAUAAAACACAUAAACCACUA